UAUUGAGCAGGAAGCUUAGUGACAUCGAGUCAGCCCUGCAGCCGCUCUCGAGCUCCACAUACCCAUCAGCACGUGAGGGUGUUGACCACGAAGUGAAGAAAAGGCUGACGAGAGGAAAAAGCUGAAAAGCUGUUUCUCUGAAACUUCUCUAAAUCAUCUAUGAUACUUUUAUUUCCUGACUGAGUCCACGAUUAGGUCCAAAGAUGGAUGAUAUUGACGCCAUGUUCACAGACAUGCUGCAGGAGAUGGACCUCCUAACGCAGAGUCUGGGAACUGAAGUUCCAGAGAGUCCACCCACCUUCCAGUCCAGCCAGGAAAUCAACUUCUCCAUCGGCUUCACAGAUCCCAACGCCUCUCUAAAUGAGCUGGAGGAUAAUGAUCUGGAUGCUCUUAUGGCGGAUCUGGUGGCCGACCUGAACGCCACGGAGGAAAAGUUUGCUUCUGAGAGGGUGGAAGUGAAAAAAGAUCCAAUGCCACCUUCCUCGACAGCUCAUUUUACCCCCACAGCCCCUUCAGCUUCAACAUAUUCAACAGGACCACCUGCCUCACAGUCUAAAUCUGAACUGACCCGCUUGCCCAGUAACACCUCUGGUUUGACUUCUAUCACCAGUAACACUUCGUUACCAGCUCCUCCUUCUUCAAACUCUAAACCUUCUAUGGAGGAAGUAGAAGAACAGAUGAAAGCAGAUAAAAUCAAACUUGCCCUGGAAAAGCUGAAAGAAGCCAAAGUGAAGAAGCUGAUCGUGAAGGUCCAGAUGACAGACGGCAGCGCCAAGACUCUGAUGGUGGAUGAGAGACAGACGGUGAGAGAUGUGCUGGAUAACCUGUUUGAGAAAACACACUGUGACGGUAACGUGGACUGGUGCGUGUGUGAGACCAACCCUGAGCUGCAGACAGAGCGAGGCUUCGAGGACCAUGAGACCUUGGUGGAACCUCUCUCCGCAUGGACACGGGACAGCGAGAACAAAGUGGUUUUCCUAGAGAAGAAGUGCAAGUAUGAAGUUUUCAAAAACCCACAGAACUUCUAUUUGUGGAAAAAGGAGAAGAAGUCACUCAAAGACAUGAAAGAAAGAGACAAAGAGCUUCUUCUGGAGGAGAACUUCUGCGGGCCAUCAGUAAUUGUGCCUGACCUGGAGGGAGUUCUUCAUCUGAAAGAGGAAGGCAAGAAAUCCUGGAAACCUCGCUACUUCCUGCUGCGCGCCUCUGGACUGUAUUACUUACCCAAAGGGAAGAAUAAGGCAUCUAAAGACAUGGUGUGUCUUUUGCAGUUUGAUAAUGUGAAUGUGUAUUACUGCAACGAGUACAAAACCAGAUACAAAGCCCCCACUGACCACUGCUUCAUCCUCAAGCAUCCUCAGAUCCAAAAGGAGUCUCAGUACAUCAAGUACCUGUGCUGUGACGAUGAAUGGACCAUGAACCUGUGGGUUACGGGGAUCCGUAUCGCUAAGUACGGUAAGACGUUAUAUGAGAACUAUAAGAAUGCUGUGAGAAAAGGGUCGUCUCUGUCUUCAGUCUGGACGAACAGGAGCCUCCAGCCGAGUCCGUCAUCCUCCACUGCAUCUACACCUUCACCAACACCGAAAGCCAAAGCAGCAAACGGACAUGCUCCUCAGCCCCACUCGGAGCCAGCACUCAAGGCCCCGGCUUUCAUUCCACCACCUCCAGGCCACGUCCUGCCCCCACCACCCCCGGACCCCAGCCUGCCUCUGGCUCCACCACCACCACCAUUUCUGCCUGUGAAGAAGCAGCUCCCGUCACUCGGCCCUCAGCAAGCCGUUCCCACCUUCCCUCUUCCACCCUCAGACUUUCCGCUUCCUCCACCGCCGAGCAAUGACAUGGAGCUUCCUCCUGACUUCCUCCCUCCACCUCCUCCCAUGAUGUUGGGAGAGCUUCCUCCACCUCCUCCAGAUGUGUUCCUCCCUCCUCCUUCUCCACCUCUUCAAGCUCUAGGUGGAGAUCAUUUUCCACCACCUCCACCACCUCCUCCAGUUUCAGCUUUAGGUGGAGAUCAUCUUCCACCACCUCCACCUCCUCCUCCACGACUAGGUGGAGAUCAUCUUCCACCACCACCUCCUCCUAUAGCUGCAGGUGGUGUUCCUCCACCUCCUCCUCCACCACCACCACCAUCAUCAUCUUCUGGAGCAGGAUUCAAGCCCACACCAGGGUCUCUGAGGAAAGUCGGACCUCCACCUCCAAAGAGAACUACACCGACACAAUCGGCGCCCUCUGGUGGUGACUUCAUGUCAGAACUCAUGGUGGCCAUGCAGAAAAAACGUGGACAGUGAACUUGCAGCAAAAUUCACCCUUUUUUGACGCUAUAUAUAUUUGCUGUAAAUAUGUGGAUUUGUCUGGAUUCGUAUUUUGGGGACUAAUCUAUCGGUGCUCCGAUUUAUCGAAUUUCUUUUCUGAGGUAUAGCUGAAGUUAGAACCGGGGAAAUAGGAAUGGAAACUUGCAAUUAAUGUGUAAUGAGUGAAAGGUUUGUAUAAAAUCACUGUUUAUUUCUGUGCAGAAAUAAACAAGUCUCCAGGGUUUUUUUAAAGAAUCGAUAUACUCAGUUUCAAUGUGCGAUCAUGUGCUUAAAUCUCAUUUUUAAUAAAAUAAAUUACAAGAAAAGAUGCACCCCCUCUAUACAAAUAAUGCACAACAUAAAAAUGAAUAUAUAUUCACACUAUAUGUGUUUCAGUCAUAUUAUUCAGACCUGUUUUUGGUUGGUGUGAUGAGUAAAAAAAUACACAAGUACCAGCAUUGGCUUAUAUUACAACAAUGUGUUAUAAUGUAAUAAAAUUAAUAGAUAAGAAUAUAUGUAA